UCCCCCCCCCUCCCCACAUAUAUAUAGAUAUAAACUUUUUUCUCUCUCUCUCUCUCUCUCUCUCUAUAUCUACAUGCUAUACUGAAUUAUUCACCAUGGCGUCGACGAAAAAGGACGUGGAUCGGAUCAAGGGCCCGUGGAGCCCGGAAGAGGACGACCUGUUACAGACCCUGGUCCAGAAGCACGGGCCAAGGAACUGGUCCCUCAUCAGCAAGUCGAUCCCGGGCCGGUCCGGGAAGUCGUGCAGGUUGCGGUGGUGCAACCAGCUCUCGCCCCAGGUGGAGCACCGGGCCUUCACGCCCGAGGAGGACGAGACCAUCAUUCGGGCCCACGCCCGGUUCGGGAACAAGUGGGCCACCAUCGCCCGGCUCCUGUCGGGCCGGACGGACAACGCCAUCAAGAACCACUGGAACUCCACGCUCAAGCGGAAGUGCUCGUCCAUGAUGACGGAUGAGGAGUUUGAUAAUACGCCGCCGUUGAAGAGAUCUGUUAGUGACGGGUCGGCGAUACCGGUCUCGGGUUUGUACUUGAGUCCGAACAGUCCAUCAGGAUCCGACGUCAGCGACUCGAGCGUUCCGCAUCCUCCCCCUCCUCCUCCUGCUCCUCACGUGUUUCGCCCGACGGCGAGGGCGGGCGGGGUUUUGCCUCCUCAGGUGAUGGAAGCGACGUCGUCGUCUUCCUCGGCGAUGAAUACUUCGCUGAGUCUGGCGCUGCCUGGAGUCGACUCGGGCGAGUCGAUGCAUAUGGUGACCGAGUCGACUCAGUCGGUGGAGCCGAAUCCGAUCCCGAUCCAGUUGAUGCCGGUUUAUCCAGUGGCGGCGGAGGAGGUUGCGGUGGAUCGGAAGGAUCAAGAGGCGGCGGAAGUUAGGGGGAAUCGAGAGGCGGCGGCAGGAGUGGAAGAGAAGGCUUUCGUUCCGUUUAGCGCGGAGUUUUUGGCGGUUAUGCAGGAGAUGAUUAGGAAGGAGGUGUGGAACUACAUGGCGGAGGUAGAACAAGAAGGAGGAGGAGGUGGUGGGUUUUGUAUGCAGCAAGCUACGGUGGAUGGAUUCAGGAAUGCUAUUGUGAAGCGCAUGGGAAUUGGCAGGGUGGAGUAGUUUAAAUUAGUGAAUAACGAAUGAAAUCAAAUCAAAUCAAAUCAAGCCAAGGGGCUGAGGCAGAAGGGGAAGGGGGAAAAAUUUGAUCUUGGCCUCCGUACAGAGAGAGAGAGAGAGAGAGAGAGAGAGAGAGAGAGAUGGUGGUGGUGGUGGUGGGAAGAUGGAGGGAGAGCAGGAAACUGGCAUCAACUGUUUUAUUAUCUAAUGGCUACUAUAUGUUAUGGUUUUAUUACAGUAUUAGGGGAAGGAAAAGAUUCAAAACAAAGAUGAGAAAACAAUCAUCUGAGAAAUGAAUGAAGGAAAAAAUCAUUUGGAUUUUGAAUCCAGAUUUGUUCAAA